AAGCACAGGGCUGCCUAGAAAAAGAUUUGCCCUUACAGGAGAAAACUUGUUGAAGAGGUACUUCGUAAAGUCCCUGAAGGCAUGACCUUGAAUGCUGCAUGCUGUAUAAUCACACUUGUCUAUACAAAGAUGUUGACUGAUUUGCCAAGACGGAAAGGUCAGAACGAUUAAAUUAUAGUCUGUCAAAUAGUCUGUCAAAUUUUAAAUGUCAGACGAACAAAAGCGUAAAAAGUAGGGCUUAAUGCCCCUUUCUCAGCCCCCUUUUCACUUUUUGUCACCGCCCUCAUCUGUGGUAUAUAAAAAUGUAAAUUUUACCUCUCACACAUCACCUCUCUGAAUUUGCUGAACUGGUCGAAGACAUUCAAGCCUGAUCAUGAGCAGGAACUUCUUGUCCAAAAAUGAUGAGCUCCGGAGGGGAGACUACCUGGUGUCCAACAACAAGCAGUACAAAGCUGUAUUUCAGGGUGAUGGCAAUUUUGUCAUCUAUGGCUGGAAGCCUUUGUGGACUUCAGACACUGAAGGAUCAGAUGCCGUCCGUCUGUGCAUGCAGGCUGACUGCAACCUGGUCAUGUAUAACAAGUGUGACACGCCUAAGUGGCACACAAACUCUUCCAACUCUGCCAAGUGCAACAUGUGCCGUCUUCAACUGACCGAUGACGGCAAACUGGUGGUGAACAGAGAGUGUGAAGAAAUCUGGAGCUCUGAAAAGUCCAAAGGCUCGAAGUGAUGCUUGUGUGCGAUCGUCCUUUGACAUAAACCUUCAGCGAUGCUGUUAAAGCAACAUAUACCAGCUCAUAAACAAGCCGUUCCUUUUUCUUUCUGGUUAGCUUUGCAAGAUUCUGAAUCUUAGCUCUGAAUGUGCAUUUUUUCUCUUUACAGCUUCCCAAAGUAUUGUAACCAAGUGGCAAAAAAUAAAAAUAA